AUGCAUGAUCUUAGAAAUGCUUGUUUGAAAUUCAUGAGCUGCUAUUAUCAUCCCAUGCUGCGCAGGCCGGAGUUCAGGACGUUGCCAGCUGCUGUGCGGGAUCAGAUCCGAGAUAUGCGCAUGAAAGGCACGGCCACUUUAGUAGCAAUAGGGGAUUUCACUGACACCUGUCUGGAUCUGGCAAAUCAGGACGAGCCCUGGUCCAUGUUGAGGUAUGAUGAGCUAGAACAACGCUGGAAACCUCUAGCCAACAACCUUCCUCCAGACAUGAUUAACGUCCGAGGUUACGGAUCUGCUGUGCUGGACAACUACUUGUUUAUUGUUGGUGGAUACAGAUUGACAAGUCAGGAGAUCUCAGUGGCCCACUGCUACAACCCCUGCAAGAAUGAGUGGAACCAUGUGGCACCUUUGAACCAGAAGAGAUCAAACUUCAAGCUCCUGGCCGUGAGUGGGAAGCUGUACGCGGUUGGAGGUCAUUGUCUGGGGACGGUGGAGUGCUACAGUCCCGAGCAGGACUGGUGGACGUGUGUGGCGUCUCUGCCUGAUCCUCUCGCUGAGUUCUCUGCCUGUGAGUGUCAGGGCAUGAUCUACGUCAUGGGCGGUUAUACCUCUAGAGAUAGGAACACCAGCGUGCUGCGCUACUGCCCCGGCUCGGACACGUGGUCCGUGUUCCAUUCCUGUUCGGCUCAUGUGCGCAAGCAGCAGAUGCUCUCAGUGGAGGACACCAUCUACCUAGUGGGUGGCUACACGCAUGAGCUAGAACCUGCAGAAACGGGACGGCGGAGGCUAAACCAAACAGAGGACAUGCUGACAGUACAGUCUUACAAUGUUCAGACUGGAGAAUUGUUGCAACUUAAGGAGAACACCUCAAAGUCGGGCUUGAACCUCACCUGCACGCUGCACAACGACGGCAUCUACAUCAUGAGCAGAGACGUCAGCCUGCCCACCAGCCUGGAGCACCGCGUCUUCCUCAAAUACAACAUUUUCUCAGAUGCCUGGGAGGCGUUCAGACGUUUUCCUGCUCUGGGACAGAAUAUGCUGCUUUGCUCACUCUACCUGCCCAAUGUCCUCUGA